AUGAAGUUGGGCAUCGUCCAGACUGUAUUCAGUCUGCAACCCAACAUUACCUCGCUUUUCGGGCCCCAUCUCUCCUCCGACGCCCUCAUCGUUCCACCAACGACGCCCGAUUUCCCGGCCCAGCUCCAGCAACGAUGGACCGACGUAAACGCACCAUCGUAUGAUCUUGGCGCAAUCAAGCCGGCCACAGAGGACGAUGUACAGUCAAUCGUCAAGAUUGCGAGCGAUAACAGCCUGCCAUUCUUCGUCAUUGGUGGAGGCCAUGGUAUUUCAAACUACAGCACUUUCGGCGGACUGGCCAUCGAUAUGGGAGGUUUCAAGUCGGUGUCUUUCUCGGACGACAAGUCACGUUUGACGAUUGGCGGGUCAGUCAAGAUCUUCCAGCUCAUCAAGCCUCUAUUUGAUGCGGGUCGUGAGCUGCCUCUGGGGUCGUGUGAAUGUGUCGGUGUCGUGGGUGCAACUCUUGGUGGCGGUAUUGGAGGUCUGCAGGGUGAGCGAGGCUUGCUGCUCGAUGCAUUGGAAUCCGUGAACAUUGUCACGUCAAAGGGCAAGCUAGUGGAGGCCUCAGCAUCAAACAACAAGGAACUCUUCUGGGCGCUGCGUGGAGCUGGCAGCAACUUUGGCAUUGUGACCUCUGCCACGUACAAGCUGCCAAAGAUCUCAAACGAUGGCAUGUACAUGAACGCCGACUUCUUGUUCCCAGCAGCCGCGAACAGGUCGUUCUUUGAGAUCUUGAAGGCUACGGAAAAGGAGAUGUCUUCGAAGCUCGCGAUCAACGCUGUAGCGGCGUAUAAUCGUCAGGUUGGCGCACCAAUGCUCGCAGUCAACGCCAUCUACUACGGUCCCAUGUCCGAAGGCAGGAAGCUGGUCGAGUCCUUCGAGAAGAUGCAACCCAUGAUGUCCAACGUCACCAUGGUACCCGCCUGGGACAUUAUCGAUGCGGCCUUCUUCCGGUCAUUCGGUCAGGACAAUGGUGCCUGCACACCGAACCAGCACAUCAACAUCUAUAGCGUGGUCCUCAGACAAAUUCAUACGCCUACAUUCGAGUCUUUCUUCGGUCAGCUGGUUCGAUUUUGGGAUGACCACCCAUCUUUCCAAGGCCGAUGGUUGAUGCAGCGAUACGCUACCGACGGCCCACUGGCGACCGCUGAUGAGGCUUCUGCGUAUGGCCAUCGUCAUGCCAAGAUGUAUAUGAACUUCGAAGGCUUUUACGAAGACCGAAGCCUCGACGACGACGUCAACGAGUUCUGGACCAGCGCACGAGAAGCUUUCACCAAAACUGGCGGUUACGGUCGCCUCUCUGUCUAUCCCAACUAUGCUCGAGGCGAUGAAGGUGCCGAAGCAUGGUAUGGCGAAAGUCUACCACGGUUGCAAGAGGUCAAGCAGAAAUACGAUCCGGAGGGACUGUUCAGCGUUCACAAUCCCAUCCCCUUGAGGCAGCCACAUAGAGAUCUUGUAUAG